UUCUUUAUUCUACGCUGUAGACAUUUCAGGGCGACAAAGAUUCUAUAGCUGGGUAACGUAGCGAAGUCACUAAGAGAAGUUGCUCAAGCGACAAGACUGGAGAUCAGAGAAUAAACGGAUGUGGACCGGGAGAUAAUGCAACGGAUUUUCAGAUAGUCCAGCGAGUAGCAGACGCCCUUUCAGUGGUAGUGAAUACCAAGUGUUUGUGGGAUUGCGCACCACUCCCCUAUCGCCUUUGAUUUCAUUUCCCUUAUUACUGUCACCCUGAUAACUGUGUCUAACCUACAAAUCCAUAAAAGUGAUCUUGAGGGGGCGGACCAUACAAUUUUCCAGCUUUAUAGUGUUACUGGGGGCCUGGACGCCUUGCCAAACACGGUCAGUGGUGUGUUAUAACCGUCAGUGUCAGCAAAAUAUCGCCGAGAAAUCGAAGGAAAAAAGUGUGCCCAAUCGAGCUCCGACUUGUAUUUAAGCUACAUAGAGCAAACACAAGCUACGGUCUCUUAACUUUUGCUAUUUGAGAGAGCCGGGGAAGAAUACGCCCCACUGAAGUGUGACGUCCACACCGCCAAUUGAUUUCUUGACAGAAACGACAAACAGACAGAGAUGGAUCCAGGAAUGGCAGAUCCCGGCUUUCCCGACGCCCACACGACGACCACGACGACCACCACCAGGGUCCAGACCAACAUCAGGUUCGACCCGACCUACGUCAGAUCCAUCCCAGGGAUCCUUAAGUGUGUCACGAUGGUGAUUAACUUGAUCGGUUACAUCAGCAUCAUGUUCGGGCCAGAUCACUCGACGGCGAACUGGUUCUCUUUCGUCUCCAUGAUGGGAUUUUGGAUCACCGGGAUCCUCAUGGUGCUUUACCUCAUGCAUAUCCUUGAGCGGUUCCACAUGGUGCCUUGGUUCAUGCUGGAAUUUGGCUACUGCGCCCUUUGGGCCUUCUUCUACUUCACGGCGGCCACUGCUUCCGCCGUCAAGGGCGGAGACGACGCAGCCUUUGCCGCCGCAGCCUUCUUCGGCUACGUCGCCUUGAUACUAUACUCAGUCGACGCCUUCUUCAAGUUCAAAGACUGGAGAAGCGGCAACAUCGCUCAGGGAGAACGCCAGGUCCAGAUGGGCGGAGACCUACAGUCACCUGGGGCUUACUAAAGAAGAGGAUCGGGAGGAGACGCUGAACGAGAUUGAUGUGUUAGAUAGAGCGCCUAUUAUUUUUUUUUCAGAGUUAUCCUUCGGUCUGUCACUGGGGAUCAAAUGUAUGCAUAUGUAUGGUUAAAAGCUAAAGUGGUUCGUGGCAGGUUUAACUAGAGCACUGUUGUUACGCGCGUUCUGGGAGACCUGCACGUUUAUUAGCUAUAAUUGUUAUUAUUGUUUGAAAUGUCAAGACUUUUAAAGUGUCAGAACAUCCUCACAUUAAAGGUCAGCAGACCCCUUAAGAAGCGUGUUGCAAGUUAGCGUUUGCACACCACCUCAUAUAUCCCCUCAGUGCUUUGAACAAACCAUACAUUUCCAUAUAUUUAUUGCUAGAGGUGGGUUACGCCCAACACGGUAGCUUCGACCCGAGAGAUAAAAUUCUUAAUCAAAUGGCGCCUGACUGUUUCCAUUUUUUUUUUUUUCUGUGGCAAAUGGGUAGAAGGAAGAAAGAAUGUAUUGUUUCACGUGUAGCCUUCUGGGGCAUAAUUUUGUGUAUGGAAUAAGUUGUUGUUAGGAUGAACCACUUGUCAUUAUUUUAACUUGACAUAUUUUUCCUUUGUGUCUGCCGGUAAUGAUUUUAGGAUUUGAACAGCUUCGAGACACUGAACCAGUUCGAGACACUGAACCAGAUCACACUUCUUAGAUAAUAGCGUCAACACACUGCCAUCUAGGUUUUCUCUCGUUAGGCAAACACGAUUAUAGAACCUUUGAACCCCUGGAACACGAAGAACAAUGAUGAAUGACAGACAGACACAAUGGACUCCCUGUACAAAGGCAUAUCCAUUGCCGGCUUUGUUUCCGAAACCUUCGUCGUCUCCACAAGCAGCCAUGGCGAUCUAGGUUCAUAGAAACAAAUGUCCCGUGACGUUAGGAACGUACUAGAAAAACUUUUGGACCUCAAUUCGCGAGUUCCGGGGCGAGUAUGAAUACUGAUUACAUUAUUCUUCGAAUGAAGCUAUUUAUAAAACAAAUGAAUAAAUAAAUGAAUCAGAUAACACAAAAUUCGCAAAUAGCUACCCGUGUUUUUGCUUGCUUGCGUUAUGAAGAUGGGUAAACUCUCACCUGCAACUAUCAAAUGCGUAAUACCUUUGCCUUCAAACAGUUUAUCAAAAAAACUUAUAUAACCAUAGGAUGUAUUUGCUUACUACUACCAUGAUGCGACAAGAAGAGCUUUCGUUGAAUGUUGUAUUGUGCAAAAGGAAUGAAAUGCAGGUCUUCAAGAAAUUCCCGUGACGAGCGAAUUACUUUCAGAAAAAAAGUUGAAAUUUGAAGCGGAAGAAAGAACUAGAUGUUAUUACUUUAGAAACAAAACGUUGACUCUAAAAGACAGAUGGAUCUAGAAAAUAUAAUAGUAGAGACGUUUUCUGUUGUGUUUGAAGAGUCUAAAGUCAUCGAUAUCACACCACAUCACACUCUCACACUGUAUUUCCGUCAAGUGGAUGUUACCAAAUGAGCACAGUCUAUUUGCGAAUUGUGCACCUGAUAUCUGACAGCACAGAAAUCGCCGAAAUUUAUUGUUUUUACCACAGAGAAGAGGUAAUUCAACAAUGUAUCAAACUUAAUCUGUUACCCAGGUAUCUCUUGCUGAUAUAUCAGGUGCCUUUGUUUCCUGAAAAUAAAUUUCAAAGUAAAUUCUUCUGCCAUGUGUGGGAUCCAAAGGUCUUCGGGUUUCUUCAUACAUUCAUUCAUUGUCACCUUCGUUCAGAAAUAAGCAUGGAGUGAUAUUAUCAUUCUCUAUUAUAAAAAGCUGAUCUGAAAACACAUUACAAUAGAUCUCGAAAUUUUUCAGCAAUAUUUCUAGACGAUGAAUUCUUGCAUCAAAAUAUUUCGGCCGAGAGUGGAAAAUGCCUGAAAUAACAGGACAAAACAAAAGGCCAAUAAUUAGAAAGGUAAGGUUCCUGUUUCGUUAGAAUUAAGGUCUUGAGACAGAAUUCCGUGGUUAUGAUGUUUACAGUAUGAUCCCAAAGCAAACGUAAAAGAAAAACGCAAUUCAGUUUGAGCGAUGAGACAUAGCCAGUGAAUUUAGCAGAUCAGUCAACACCUAAUAUGGCUGGGCAUUUUUGUCAUAUUCUGGCUUGUUACUAAGGAACGAAAUAUUUAAUUUACCUGUGGCACAUGACGAAUCUCAUUAUGGUAGAGCAAAAAUACUCCUAGGAAUACUGCAGUGAAUAAAUUUAUAUAGAAAUGCGAGUCCUUUGGAGUGCACUGUUGAUGAUCAGAGGAGAUGGUUUUGAUUUGCCAGAGGACGAAGACUAUGACGCCCACUCCCUUCCCUCAGGCGAAUCUCAUUAACGUGACUGGAGGUGAAUUUUGGAGGGGCAAAAAUGCUGUUCAUUUGAAUGUAUGUAAAUAUAUCUAUAAAUAUAAUGUAAAUGUU